GUAAUUCGUUCGCAUUUCCGGAGUUGAUGAUAAUGAACGAAGAAAAAUAUAAUCGUUAAAUUUGAUGUUCAAUUUAAACGAGGAUGGAAUCCUCACAAUUUAAAUCGGAGGAAGAGAAGCAAAUUAUAACAUUUUUACAGAAGGUGAACACCUACAGAGAACAUGAGAGUAAGCCUCCUAUCCCACGGAACACGGCCGUCAAGUUUCUUAUGGCCAGGAAAUUUGACUUCCAUAGAGCUGUGGAUUUAUACCAUUCACAUGAGGAGAUGCGAGAUAAGGAGAACCUGCAGGACGUUGAUGUGAAAGAUCUGUCCUUCCAGCGAGAACUGAGAACAGGCAAAUUCACCAUUCUGAGCGGGCGUGACAGUCAUGGGGCGGGGAUUGCGCUGUUCACUGCAAGGCUCCACUUCCCUCCAGACACAACACACCAGUCCGUUCUCAAGGCUCUCAUCUACAUCCUGGAUGCUGCUUUAGAAAGUGAAGAGACCCAGCGGUACGGCCUUGUUUUCGUCUAUGAUAUGUCAGGCUCAAAGUACAGUAACUUUGACUACGACUUGAGUAUCAAAAUUCUUAACAUGCUCAAGGGUGCGUACCCAGCCAGGCUAAAGAAGGUUCUCAUUGUGACGGCACCGCUCUGGUUCAAGGCACCCUUCAAAAUCCUUAGACUCUUUGUCAGGGAAAAGCUCAGGGACAGGGUAUUUACUGUGACACAGAGCCAGCUGCUGGAGCACAUCCCGCUCGACUCACUGCCCCAAAAGUUUGGUGGUAAUCUGGCUGUGAACAACAGCCUGUGGCUGCAGGUUUGUGCGGCCAUCCACCAGUCAUGUGACCCAGGCAUCAUAGACUCGUACUUUGUGUCCCGCAAGCGCCACUCCACCUUCAGUGGAUUGGACUCAAGUGAGUCAGACUUUGUGCAUGUUGAAGGAAUCCCUGACUCAGAUGAUUCGAAGGAAAGUGUUUCAGAAAAACAAACCAACGAAGAGCAUGAAAAGGAUGAGCUUAUUGAUAUGAAUGGUGUCGAAAAAGAGGUUAAUUUUGAAAAAGAUGAUAACAGAGGGAAUAUUAAACGAAGGCGAGAAUUUGACAAUCAAAAUGCAGUGAAUUCAAUUAGAAAAUCUGGAGACUUGAAUGAUCCUCACUCCAUUGGCCAAAACUCAAGCCCUGGCACUCCUCCUCCAGAGCCUUGUAAGAAGCGACUGAUGCCUGACUCGAGCUCAGAGUCCAUCCACGGCCCAGAGGAUGGGGGUAUGACGGUAGAGGCCUUGGCACAGCACAUACGGUCGCUUGGCAAGAAGGGCCUCCACGAGGAGUAUGCAGAAAUCAGACGGGAACCCCCAGCGGGAACAUUUAACAUCUCUAAAGCCAAACACAACCUUCCCAAGAACCGCUACUCGGAUGUUCUGUGUUUGGACCACUCCCGAUUUGGUUUGCCUUUGAAUGACAAGGACCCAUCAGCAGACUACAUCAACGCAAACUAUGUGGAUGGCUACAUGCAAAAGAACGCAUACAUCUCAACACAAGGUCCGUUUGUAAAGACGUUUGGGGAUUUCUGGCGCAUGGUGUGGCUCUCCCACUGUGUUACUGUAGUGAUGACCACCAGAACACAGGAGAAGGGUCGUGUGAAGUGUGGACAGUACUGGCCAGCUGAGGAGGAGGGAGAGGUCCAGUGUGACGAGUUUGUAGUCACAAACACCGGUACAGAGCAGAACCGGGAGUACUCUAUCACAGCUCUCCGUGUACAGAACAGACAGACUGGUGAAAUGCGGAAUAUCAAGCACCUGCAGUUUACAAGCUGGCCAGAUUACGGCAUCCCGCCAGCCUCUGGCUUCCUGGAGUUUCUGUUGCGUGUGCGAGCAUGCCAGGCAGACAGCCUCAAGUUUGUGGAGCCCGGCUGGUCAGGGCACCCAAAUGGCCCACCUAUUGUUGUACACUGUAGUGCAGGCAUUGGACGCACAGGUACAUUCAUCAAUACAGACAUCAGCCUUCACCGCCUGGAGCACAUCCACACAGUGAAUAUUCGAGAGACAGUACGACGUAUCCGGUCCCAGCGAGCAUUCAGCAUCCAGAUGCCAGACCAGUAUGUCUUCUGUCACCUUGCUAUCAUCGACUACGCCCGCAAACACGGUCUCCUUAAGGAUGCGGACUGGUCCUCUAUGGACAGUGAUAGUGACGGCUUUGAAUAGGGUUCAUAAUAUGUUAGUUGACUAUGGAGUAGGGGAGGACAGCAAGACUAUGGGCAGGAGGUUUAUGACGAGCCAGAAGUGUUUGUGGGGAUUUGGUUUUGUGGUUAAUUAAUACAUCUUUUUCAUAAGCAAUGUGCUUUUCUGAUAAGGAUCAUGCUUAUUGUCACUAAGCAAGGUGAUCUCCAUCGUAUGUUUACCUGGUGAUACCACAGGCCCAGUUCCUAUUGGAGUGUUUGCCAGUCAGGAUAUUAAGGUUGACCCUGUUACAAUAUGUCAAUGUUGUAGUGGGCAUUAGAGCUGCAUCAAUGUGCUGGUAAUAACCACAUGCUAGGGAAACAAAAAUCUUUGAGAUGCCUCCAGUUUCAUGUGUUAGUAAUUGUGCAUGGCAUACAGAUAUAUUUUCAGAAAUGAAUUCUCACUUAUUCAUGUAAAGUUCGAAUGUACAAACUCAUGUUGUGCUCCUGUACGAGUGACAUACCUUGUUAAAGUUCAUUGGAUUUGUUUUAACACUCAUUGUUGAUGGCUGAAAGCAUGAGCAUCUUGUCAGGGUUCUCUGUGACAUUACAGCAGUUCUACUACAUGACAGGAGCAAGACAUGACAGUUGUUAUAUAGGAAGUUAAAUUGUGCAAUGAAUUGUGUAUAAAUAGUGUGAUAUACAUGGAGCUUGGUCAGUAGUAUUUAUGUGCCAUUAGAUCAUUAAGUUGUGUAAAUAUGAACUUGUUUCGAGAUUCAUCACCGAUAGUAUUUUUACUUUUAAUAUAAGCAUUUUAGAGUAUUUUUAGGCAAAGAGUUGUCUAGUGUCAUUCAUAGUUGAAUCCAUGCUGAAUGUAGUUAACUGUCAUACAUUAGCAGUUUCAAGGUAGUAAAAAAUCUAUAAAAAGGUUUGUUUUUAGCUCGACUUUUCGAAGAAUAGGUGGGCUAUACUACUCGCCCCAGUGUCGGCGUCCGGAGUUUUAGGGCAAGUUGGGAUUUUCACUUUUAAGUCCAAUACCCUACAUUCAAUUGACUUAAUACUUCACACAGUUGUUCAGGGCCAUCACAUGAUGAGAUUAGAUAACUCCAUAUUAUUCUUAACACAGAUUAUGGCCCCUGAUUGACUAUGGAACUUGGGUUAAAGUUUUAGGGCAAGUUGGAAUAUUUAUUAAUAACUUCUAUAUCCUUUGUUCAAUUGUUUUAAUACUUCACACAGUUGUUCAGGACCAUCCCCCAAUGAGGUUACAUAACUCCAUAUUAUCCUAAAUGCAAGUUAUGGUCCCUGAUUGACUUAGGUUAAAGUUUUAGGGCAGGUUUAAGUUUUAGGGCAAGUAGGGAUUUUCACUUAAAACUCCAAUACCAUUCAUUCAAUUGACUUAAUACUUCACACAGAUGUUCAGAGCCAUCACAUAAUGAGGUUAGAUAACUCCAUAUUAUCUUUUAUACAAAUUAUGGCCCCUGAUUGACUAUGGAACUUAGGUUAAAGUUUUAGGGCAGGUUGGAAUAUUGUUUAAUAACUUCUAUACCCUUCAUUCAAUUGACUUAAUACUUCACACAAUUGUUCAGGACCAUCACCCAAUGAGGUUACAUAACUCCAUAUCCUUAAUACAAGUUAUGGCCCCUGAUUGACUAAGGUUAAAGUUUUAGGCAAGUAAAAGUUAAGGGCAAGUUGGGAUUUUAAUAAAAAAAACUUCUAUACCGUUCAUUAAAUGCACUUAAUAUAAUUCAAAAUUAUUUACGACCAUCUAACAACAAGAAACAUAACUCCGUUUUAAGCCUAAAUACAAGUUAUGGCCCUUGAAUUAUUAUUAUUAUUUUUUAUUUUUUUUUUAAUUUCCUUUGAAAGGCAUAUUUGUAAAUUCUUAGCCACAUUUUCAUAAUGGGAAAUCAAAUUUUUGAAUGACUUGCGUCAUUGUUUUGGCGGGCUGGUGGGAGGGCAGCAUCAAAGUCACCUUAAUAUGUAUCAAAUAAUUUUAGUUAGGUUUGACAUAAAGAGACCAAACUUGGUAUUAUUACAUUGUUAUUGUAUUCUAAGUCAAAGCAGCAUAGUCGAGUGGGCUGUCUUACGACGGCUCUUGUUAAUAUUUACUGUUGUAUCUCGUGUUCCAUUUACUAUGUCUAAUUCAUUAUAUUUGUUGAAUUAUUUAUUGUUCUGUAACCACUAUGUUGUGUUUAAUUAUCAUUCUUGAAUUGUGUUAAUUAAGCCAAGUUAUAUUAAUUAUGCUAUUCUGUAUUUCACUGGAAACAGAAUGUGUUUAUUUUCAGUAAUGGUCAACAUCAUAAUUAUGUACUUAUGUAUAUACAUGUAUUGGUUUAGCUGCCAGAUAUUAACUUUGAAGUAGUUUAUCUAUACAAAGUAGAUUGUUUUCUUUUUACUUAUAUUUAACAAAUACUUUUCAUAAGAGCAAGUGUGCAACAUGUGUUUCAGCUCAAAUAGAAGACCAAAUACAUUUUGAACCAUCAUGUACAUGUACAUGAUUAUUUAUAUACAUGUACGCUAAUGCGGUAUAUAGACUCUAGUGAUCAAAGAUAAAAAUGUAUAUGUUACCUGUUUGUUCUGAGGUAUUGUCACUGGCAGCUUGUAAAAAACUGUUAAGUUGGACAUAACUCAAAGACCUUGGUUAGAUACAUAAAUAUAAAGUACACAUGUUUCCAGAGACAAUAUGGACAUGUGUAGCAAGGCACAUUUUAUUGUACUCUUAUUGUAAUAAUUGAUGAGUUAAGCCAUUUUUGACUAAAAAACAGACAAGCAUUGUCAGGAGUAUUGGGUGCUCUUCUUUUGUCAAUUGCUAACUCUUAAUGUAUACACCUUGUCCUUAUUUGCUUUAUCUUUGUCAAUGCAUGUUAUUCUUGCUAACUAUAAUGAGUAAAUAUACACCCACACCCUCUGUCAGUAUUCAUCUGACAUACAAGUAAUUAUUUUUCAAAAGGAGAUAAAUUCCCAGCUGCUGACAUUUAACUUCAUCAGGUGAAACCAAUUGUAUAUAAUAAAUAAAAUAUUUAUGAAGAAAUAAUUUGGAUUGAUGGUAUAACAAUUAUUAUUCGAGAUAUGGAGAUGUUGGUUGAAGUAUUUAAUGUACAAUGUUUGAUAGAUACUAUCGAUAUUUUAUACGCAUAUAAGUGAGCUGGCUUCAUGCUUUAAAGAUUCCUUUAGGAUUUAUGGUUUGGGGAAAGAUCUCACAUAAUAAUAAUCUUUUGAUUUCUUAUUUAUUCUGUACUAUUAUUUAUUGCUAGGUAUACUUAAAACCUAGAAAUGUUGCACAAAAAGACAUUUUUUUUUUUCAUUUCUUUGACAUCAGUCUGAUCUGUGAGGGGCUGUUUAUAUACUGGUAGUAGUCUUGUAGGUUUUAUGUCUAUUUUAAUUAUAAUGCCUGUUUUUUAUUUAUAAUUAUAUUAUUUCCGUAUAAUGAAUUGAACAUGAUAUCUUACGUUAUUGAUUGGUAAGUUAAUUCAUCUAGGGCCGUGUUUCAAUAUGAUAUCUGAGUCAUAAACCAUAUGUUGCUUUAGAGUGCUUGUGGACACCUGUCACGGGCAGAAUCUAUGCGAUAAAUGUCCCAACAAUAUUUUUUAUUAAAAGAAGUUGACACCGUAAACAGGGUUUCACCUGGAAAUUUCCGAUCUUAAGUCUUACAAUCUUUAUUGAAACAGAUCUAAGAUGUAUAUAUUUAUUGUCAUGACAAAACAGAAAUAUUGUUCAAGUUAAACAGAGAAUCCUUUGAAUCUCAAAAUGUUUUGGUUUAUACUGCUUGAUGAAAUUGCAUGAUAUUUCACUGUCACAUACUAGUCCUACCAGUUUUGGUGCAAUUGAACUGUAUAUUAAACAUCUUAGAAAUUAGUAUAUUGUUACUCUAGUAAACCAUUUAUUAGUUAUACUUUCAUUGAUAAAAUGGAUACAUAUAUUGGUGGCAUAGGCUAAAGCUGGCUGUGUGCAAAGAUAUGAACUUGCUAUUACAGCAUAUUUUCUAUCUGGCCUUACAAAAUAUACAUCAUCUGACCUAAUGGUUAUAUAUAUAUAUAUAUAUUCAUCAGCUAAUUUUAUGUUAAUUCUCUCAUGUUGAAUACAUACACAAUUAAUACCUGAAAGGGCAGAUUUUGUAUGGCCUUAUUUAUAACAAUAUGUUUAAAAUUGUAAGUUACUGUCAUGAAUAAAUGAACUUAAAUAG